AAGAAGCCAACAGACUGUGAGGCCAGGAUACCCAAGGGUCCCGGAGAGGGAGGGCGGCACUCAUGCUGAACAGCAAGUCCUGCAUCCAAAGUGGAGGUCACCCAUGAAGGACGGGGAGUGACCAAGAGGAGGAGCAGCUUGGAGUCAGGAGAGAAACCACCCAGAAGCAGCAGGAAGGACAGGGUCGUGGGGACAGCCGGGUUCCCAUUCUUCAAGUGGAGGAGGAUGUCAGAGAAGAAUGUGGGGGUGAGGGUUGCUUGAGAGAGGUGGAAGGAGGGUCAGAGGAGGGGAACAGAGAGCGAGCAGAGAAUGGGGCCACAGAAGAGGGGAUGAAGUCCACAGAUAUGCAGGAAGCGGUUGGCCAACCUGGCGGGUGACAGGAGGCGGGAGUGAGGGAGAGAGGGCCAGCUUCCUGGGUGUGACCAGGUGGAGGGUGCUAGCCCUGUCGAAGGUGGAGAACACUUGGUAGGGGGAGCUUUCGGGGGUGGGAGGAGACAGGGUCCGGUCUAGGCCGUGGUGAGUGUGAGGGCUCUGCGGGACGCUCGGGGGGGUUCCGGAGGUACAGGAUGCCCAGGUCUGGGCUGGAGCCGGAGAUGCGCGCGCCAAGCAUGCACAGCUGGACUUGAAGCCAAGAGAGAGAAUUCAAGACUGCGGAAGGACUCGGUGCCCCCGGGGAGCAGAGACGACCUGGUUUGGCUGUGAAGCAAAGGGAAAAGUAGAUUGGUGGGGAGCAUGCUGUGGUGUUCAAAACACACCCUAGAUUUUUCCAGACGAAGGCGGUAGUAAAUGUGUUUACAGACUGAGAGGAAGGGGCAGAGGGCGGGGACCUCCAUAGAGAUACAGGCGGGGGUGACCUAGCAAGGAGCCUGAGGGGCAGGAGCAGAGAAUGCCUCAGCUUCCCCACAGGGGAACGAGUGUAGUAAGCCGGGCCACGUGGGCAGCUGUGGAGGAGGAGCCCCCCUCCCUCAGGGAGCCCAAACAGCUGCCCCCAGCCCCACACAGGCCUGUCCCACUGAGAUAAGGAGAGUGGGCCUGCCCUUUGUGCCCAGAGACUCCUCAAAUAAAAGAUGCCACAUCCGUAAAUGGCGCCUGCUGCUGGGGGCACACGGGAGCGUGUUCACAGAUGGGAAGGGGAUUCAGAAGGGCGAGGGCAGAGUGGCCCUACCUAGGUAAGAAAGCAAUGCGCACAGGAACAAAAGGAAAGGCAGCCUUGCUGGACACUGGGGUUGAGGGGAAUUUUUAUUGCCUUCUUCCUGCUCAUCUGCAUAGUCUAAUUUUUCCACAACAAAAAUAAUAUUUUAUUUGUGUAGUUUUUGUGGUUUUAAGUCGUACAAGCUAAAAACAAGAAGGAAAUCUCAGAGGGCCGAGAGGAACUGAGAGGGUGGGCCCAAUCAGGUCAGGUCAGGAAACCCGGCCUGGGGCUGUGGGACCCCCACCCACCAGGAGCCCUUCCCCACCCGCUGGAAGGCGUGCAGGCAGGUGGAGGUGGGACAGGCUGGGGUCCCCGAGGGACGGAAGAGCAGGGGCUGAGUUCCUGUCCAGGGUCUAGGCUUCAGUGGGAUCCUCACGGAGUGCCCGCCAGGUGAUCCCAGAGGAGCAAGCAGGUUCCAGAGCAGGUGUGACUCCAGCCCUAACCCCACUGAGUUUUAGAAGGGUGUAGAACCCUCCAGACUGGGGGCCCAGCACACUCCUCUCAGGUUUGAGGUCCUCGGCCAACACUGCCGUGAUCCAGGGCCCCCUUCCUCUCCUCAGCAGCCCCUACUCCGCCUCCUCUCCUGGGCGCCUCCAGCCAAGGGCUCCAUCUCCUCGGGCUGCUGGCACCCCUUCCUCGUGUUCCCAGGCAUUGCUCCUCCCGGCCGUUCCCACGCUUCAGUUCCCCCACCCUACCUGCACGUGGAAACCGUGCCCUCGCUGCAAACCCUUUGACUCAGUUCAUAGUUCAUCAUAGGGACAUUUUUAUAAUUUACUAUAAAAUGCAUAUGUUAAUGUUUUAAUUUUAUAAUAGAGUUGUUUAUACUAUUUUACUGUUAGGCUUGAUUUUGAUUCAUAUUUUGUAAUAUUAAAAAUACAAUUAAAUUAAAAAUACACUUCUCUUUUAAAGGGGAACAUUUAACAUAAAUAACAGUAACAUGUGUGGAAAGCUGAUGUCACUCCACCAAGUAGAAUGUACUAUAGAAACAAUGCAAAUGAAACCACGGUUUUACCUUCUAGCUGGAAGCUGCGGUCUGAUGGAGGCUCUGAGCCCCAGGCCUGCAGCAACUUGUUAAAAAGAAGGAUCAGGAAGUGCUAGAAGGUGCUAAAGAUGCGGUGGCCUCAAAAGGAGACUUUCCUCCACUUAUUCAGAAGGACCAAAGAGAAUUAAAAAUGAAGUGGCGCUCCUCUCGGUAGGAUUCGCAGCCCCUGGGAGCUGCCCACCCUCCACCUCUGUGAGGCGAGCGGACGGGGAGUAUUGCUCCCAUUUUACAAGUGAGGAAAACUGAGAUCCAGAGGAACAGCCAGCAGAGCCACUCAUCUCGGGGGCCUCCUCCUCCCGGAAGCCCUCCCAGCCUCCUGGACCAGGUGCAGGGCCUCCUGGGUUCUCCCACACACCCGUGGCACUGAGGCCCUGGCGGUACAACGGGAUGCGCUGUGGGACUCCCUUCUGUAAACUGGGGUUGACGUACGGUGCUGUGCCCAGGGCCCUGGCACCCUGAGGGCUCCCUGCCUCUGGAGAUAGGCCUUCCGGGGCUGCACUCGCAGGAUAAGACGGGCUCUUUUCAUCACUUCCUUCCUCCCACUCAAGCAGUGGCCACCAUCAGCUGCCUCACACAGAGCUGCCACCACAGCCUCAACAGGACAGUUCAGGCCACAGGAGGGGUGCCUCGACCACAGGCCUCACAGCCAGCCUGCUCAAUGCCUGCCUGGGGGGCCCUCUUCCUGCUCUGGGCUGCGGCGGAGGCCACCAAGGACUGUCCCACACAGUGCACCUGCCACGCCCUGGAAACCAUGGGGCUGCGGGUGGACUGCGAGGGGCGGGGACUCACAGACCUGCCUGCCCUGCCGGUCCACACCCGCCACCUCCUGCUGGCCAAUAACAGCCUUCGCUCCAUACCCCCGGGUGCCUUCGACCACCUGCCCCAGCUGCGGACCCUCGAUGUGCUGAACAACCCCUGGCACUGUGACUGCAGCCUCACCUACCUGCGCCUCUGGCUGGAGGACCGCGUGCCCGAGGCCCUGCUGCUUGUUCGCUGUGCCACCCCCGACCUCGCCACCAGCCGCCCGCUGGGCCAGCUGACAGGCUACCAGCUGGGCAACUGUGGCUGGCAGCAGCAGGCAUCCUGGACCCCCCCGGGAGUCUGGGGGCUUGUGGCACUGGUUGUCGUGGCCGUGCUGGGCCUCGUUCUCCUGGCUGGCCUGCUAUGCACCACCAUACAGCCCCUGGACUGAGCCCAGGCCCCCAGGGUCACCCCAGGCCAGGGGCCAGGACUUGAGCCCUUCCUCCGACCCCAGCAGCCUGGUCAGCCCGAACCACCAGGAGCUCAAAAUAAACCGGCUGCUCAGCCAUUUUAUCUAAGCUCAGAGAUGUCUUUUCCUCUCAGCACCUGAGUCUGGCUUUUUCUGAAAACCUGAGUCCAUUUUGUUAUUAUCAGAUAUCAGUUGGGACUUCUCUGCCCGCCUAGUUCCUAGUAAAGUGGGCUGCCCCCCACCAGCCACCCCCGGGUCCACGAUGUCUGGGCCUGGUCUGCUGGUCCCAGGACUCCGGUUCUUUUGCCGUCCUCUGUCUGCCGGCUCCUGCUUCCCACAUGGGCUGCCCAGACAGCCCAGGCCCAUUUCACGUCCCUGUUCGGCCCCUCUCCCAAUUCCACAAAAAGCUUGUUCUCACAACACAGCAGUUGGGCAGAGCAGGAGGCCCUGAAGACCCCGGGCAGGGGGAGAGGAGAGAUUUCCACCUCCGCAAGAGACAUACCUCAAAGGGCACUUCACUGUCCCCAAAAUGGCCUGGGCUCACCCGGCCCCGUUCUCUCUCACCUCCUCCUGCACUAGUUUCUCUCUCCUUUUCCCCCUCUCUACCCUUCUUCAGAAAAGAAACAACGAAUUCCUCCCUUUCUCACGCAAACAACUCCCCUCCACGUGCUGACAUCAGAAACUUCCAGCUUCGGGAUGCCCCUUCCACCCCAAGCAACGUCACCACAUUCUUCAAACAAGACACUUCUCUCCCUCUGAGGAAUUCUGAUGCCAGCAGUUAAAAUACGAGACAACUUUUAUAGGAUCCUUACUGGCCAAGCGACAUCCAAAUCUGAGUACACCAAGGUCCCUCCCUCAGGGACUUCCAUGUGGUGGGCCCGCAGACCUGUGAGCUGAUAAGAACAGUGCCAACUGGGGGUGGCCUGUGGGUCAGAGGGUGCCACAAGGAAGGCCAAGCAGGCACAGAGAGCCCCUGGAGGGCACCUCCCCACAGAGGUGAGUCUGAAACAGGAACCCCAAACUCAGGGGGAGGGGUGGGCAGUAGGGAGUGGUGGAGACUGUGGCAGACCAGGGAGCCCAUGUUCCAUCCAAAGAGGCCCAGCCGAAUGUCGCCAUGUGGAUGUGGACCCAGGUGCCCAGUCUUCCGUUCUUCCAGAAAUAUUGGAAAUCUAGAUUUUUAUGUGAAAUCUCUAAAUUAUUCAAGUGUUAGCAAUUAAAUCAAAAAAAUUGUAAAUAUAUAUCAGCAGACAAAUAAAAUAUAUUAAUGGACUGGAUGGAGUCCACAGGCUGAGAGUCCGUGCUAUCUGCAUUAGGAACCAGCUGUAACACGGCUGCCUAAGGAGAUCAACAGUCAAAGCCGGCAUCUACUUAUGGGCACGUCGUAUGUAUGAUGCCCUGUGGGAAGCCCUUCACAGGGGGCAUUCUUCUGUACCCUGUGAAAACCCGGGAGGAAGGUCCUGUUCUCCCACACUGUACGGAGGAGGAUGCGGGCCCAGAGCCCCGACAGUCACUUCACAGGCAUGGUCCCAGACAGGUCCCCUUCACAUCUGAAAAGUGCUCCCUUGAAAUCUUCCUGGCCCCUGGGGUCCCAUACAACUAAGACCCUUCAGCCCCCAAGUCCCCAUGAGGGUGCCCCUAAAUUCUGCCCGUGCUCCUUCGUAAGGCCAAUGCACGUGGCCACAGGUCUGGUGCUGCAGCAAUCACAAGCCUUGAUCCCAUUGGCUGAGCGCUUUGGUCCAGGGAGAAACUCCCAGGAGCCUGGCAGGCCAGUGUCACCAUCCAGGCGAUUGGCGACUUCCCCGAGGGUGGAGAGGAGUGGAGGGAACUCCAGUGGCCAGGCAGGGAUUUCCCAAGGUAGAUAAUGGAUUCACACGAGAGCACCAGGAAAACAGGUCCACUGGGAAGUUCGAUUCACCGUCUCCAUCGUCCCCACCAACUCCAUCCCAGGCAGCAAGGCCACCACAACAGAGCCAUCUGAACAAUCCCCACCCACUCCACAGCCACCAACCCCAGCAUCAACAUCUCCCACCACCACAACCAACCAUGCUCCACCGGCCACCACUGUCCCCUGUAGAACCACAGUCAGCCACAGUCCUCUCUCCACAGCCAGGGACACAUUCUCCCCUCCCCCACAGCCAUCAACCCCAUCUCUACCACCACCGGCUCCCACCACGGCCUGCACACUAGCCUCACACUUGCCACCUCUUCCGUUCUCUCCGUCACAGCCACAGACAUCAGCCACAUGAGUUGACAUUAACCCCCCCACCGCCAUCUCCCUACCACCUCUGUCACCUCUAGCUCCAAAAAGCCAUGGACCUUAUCCCCAUUAGAAGCAAAAUGUCAUCACCAUCAAUCUAUCCCAACAGUCACCGUGACAUCAUCCUGAUGAUCUUCUCCUUCAUGAGUAUUUUCAAAAUCCAGCUGCCCGUGGAGACUUUGUCGAAAUAAUUUUUACCAGUUGCUGUGACAGCCACGCCACCUUGCUAGUGGCUUACCCCAGUCGAGGUUUGCUCCCCUCACACCUUGGUGCGGUCAGUUGUUCACCAGGAGACCUUCUGCAGGGUUCCUGACUCCUGUUAAACCUGUCUUCUAGGGCCUGCUCAGAGCCCUCUGCUGGCCUUCUGCAUUCCUCUGGCCAGUGGGCAAGCAGAGAGAGCUAAGAGGACUGCACGGAUGUUGGUGGCCAGGCCUGGAGUCGUACAGGUGAACUUCACGAGUGAUCAUUGUCUGGAACGCAGUCACUGGUCCACUCUAACUGCAAGGGAGGCCUAACACAUGCUCUUCCUGUGUGCCCAGCAGCAGGCAGGAGGGGGGCAUCUGGCAUCGUCGGCCCUGAGGUCUUUGCUAGGGUAAUGCAUGCUUGAUCAGAAAGAGGCGAGGCUGUAGAAGGGGCAUUCACGAAAUGGGGCACACACUGAGCCUUGGCCCUGAGCCACAACCAGGCCCAGCAAAACACAGAGUGCCCAUCUCAUUAUUAAAAAAGAAUUUUUAUUGAGUUCCUAAUAGUUUACAUCAUUGUGAAAUUUCAGUUGCACAUUAC